UGUUCGAAUCUCUCCCUUCGUUCAUUUUGGAGCUUUAAUGGCGUUCAAAGGAGGCUUUUUGGCCAUUCUUUUGACGCUCUGCAUGACUCAGGAAUGCAGAGGAUUGAGUAGAGGAAGUUUUCGUGAUGGAUUUGUUUUUGGAACUGCUUCUUCUUCAUACCAGUAUGAAGGAGCAGUGGAUGAUGAUGGAAGAGGACCCACAGUGUGGGACAAGUUUGCCCAUUCUUUUGGGAAGGUGAUUGAUUUCAGCAAUGCUGAUGUAGCUGUGGAUCAGUAUCACCUGUUUGAGGAGGAUGUGCAACUUAUGGCUGAUAUGGGAAUGGAUGCCUAUAGGUUUUCAAUUGCAUGGUCUCGUAUUUUUCCAAAUGGGACUGGCAAAAUUAACCAAGCAGGAAUUGACCACUACAACAAGCUCAUCAAUGCCUUGCUAGCCAAAGGAAUCAAACCAUAUGUUACACUUUUCCACUGGGAUCUUCCCCAAGCCUUAGAAGAUAAAUACAAUGGAUGGCUAAGUCCCCAUAUAAUAAAUGAUUAUGCAAUAUAUGCUGAGGCAUGUUUUAAGGCAUUUGGAGACAGGGUCAAGUACUGGAUAACAUUCAAUGAACCUCAUACAAUGUCAAUCCAAGGAUAUGAUGUUGGGCUAGAAGCCCCAGGACACUGUUCUAUUCUCCUGCACCUCUUCUGUAGAGGAGGGAAUUCAGCAACCGAACCUUACAUGGUUGCCCACAACAUUCUCUUAUCUCAUGCUACUGCUGUCGAUGUAUAUAAGAGAAAAUACAAGGCAGUACAGCAUGGCUUCGUUGGGAUUUCACUUGAUGUUACGUGGUUUGAGCCCAUAUCAAAUUCCACAGAAGACACUGCUGCUGUACAAAGAGCACUGGACUUUCAAUUUGGAUGGUUCAUGGAUCCCAUAUUCUUUGGGGAUUAUCCAAGUUCAAUGAGAGAAAGAGUUGGAAAUAGAUUGCCAAAGUUUUCGGCAAGUGACUCGUCAAGGGUUAAGGGAUCAUUGGAUUUUGUUGGGAUAAACCAUUACACGACAUAUUACAUAAAGGCUAAUUCAACAAACAUAAUUGGAGUUCUAUUCAAUGAUACAUUGGCAGAUUCUGGUACCAUUAGUCAGCCCUUCAAGAAUUUCAAGCCAAUUGGUGACAAGGCCUCCUCCAUAUGGCUUUAUAUUGUUCCAAGUGGUAUGAGAAGCCUAAUGAACUACAUCAAACAAAAGUAUGGCAACCCUAUAGUUAUUGUCACAGAGAAUGGAAUGGAUGAUUCAAACAAUCCAUUUAUAUCCAUUAAUGAUGCUCUAAAGGAUGAGAAAAGGAUUGGAUAUCACAAUGACUAUCUCGGAAACCUAUCUGCUGCUAUUAGGGAAGAUGCUUGCAAUGUUCAAGGAUAUUUUGUAUGGUCCCUUUUGGAUAAUUGGGAAUGGGCUGCAGGUUACACUUCAAGAUUUGGGCUGUAUUUUGUAGAUUACAACAACAACCUAAAGAGAUACCCAAAGGAUUCUGUACAAUGGUUCAAAAAUCUUCUAAGCUCAGCCUGACUUUAGUUGAUUGAUAAUUGAAUAUUGAAUGCAAAUUUAUCCUUUUAUUUCGGUUUAAGUGUAAGAUGCCAGACGAAAUCUGUAAACUCUGUACAAAGCAUGUAACCUGCUAAGAAUGUAAAUAAAAAUAACGUUUUAAACU